AUGGUCAUCUAUCUUCAUGAAAAAUUUUACCAAUCCAAUGCAACUCAGUUGUCAGAAUCUGAUAUUAAAGAGAUUAGAGAAUCAAGAGGUAAGAUAUCUAAUGCAUCAAAAAAAAUGGCUGAAAAAUUCCAUAUUGGUGCUCGGUGUGUUUAUGAAAUAUGGAAUAAUAGUGAACAUCUCCAACAAGGGCUUAUUUUAUCUUCCUCUGAUCAGCUUGCUUUGGAUAAGACAGAACAGACUCUUAAAGUGGUAUCAGAAGUAUCAUCUAUAUCCUUUCCAGCUACAGAAAUUCCAAAAAAGAAUGGUUGA